AUGAAAACCAGAUAUCUGAGCUCAGAUGUGAAUGAUCCAUUUUUCGCUAUAAAUACGCAUUGCGAAUUGGACCAAGGCAUCAUUGGGUUCAAUACCUACGACACAGUAACAUCUUCAGUCAGUUCGCAUAGUUCGUUAGUACAAAAGAACUUAAGCUACAGCAUGAAACUCUUUAUCGCCGCAAUCUCCCUUUGCCUGGUGGCCAUUGCCGCAGCUCAAUCCGCGGAUCCCGCCGUCCAGGACCCUUCGGUUGAGUACUUGCCGCCUGUUGGUGAUGCCGAGGCUGCCGCUUUGUCAGAGGAUGGCUACCGUUACAAGACGGUGCGUCGCCUGAAGUUGCGCCAUCGCCGCGAGGUGCCCAGCCAGGAAUAUCUGCCACCCACACAGGAGUAUCUGCCGCCCGUGGAUGCCGUCGAGGUGGCCGACACCAAGGUUGCCGACGAUGGCUACCGCUACAAGACCGUGCGCAAGCUCAAGUUCCGUGCCCGUCAUCGUCGCGAUGUCUCCGAGAUCGUUGAGCCCUCCAGCGAAUAUCUGCCACCCGUUGAUGUUGAGCUGGCCCCCGAGCUGAAGACCGUGCUGGGCGCUGAUGGCUACCGCUACAAGACCGUGCGCAAGCUCAAGUUCCGUCGUCAUCGUCGGGAGGCCGACGCCGCUGCUGAGGAUGCCGCCGCCGCUGAGGCAACCAAUGGCGAAUACCUGCCCCCUGCUGAGGCACCUGCCGCUGAGGCUGCCGAGGUCAAGACUGUUGAGGUGCCCGCCGAGGGCACCGAGGUCGGCAAGGAUGGCUACCGCUACAAGACCGUGCGUCGCAUCCGUUACCGUUACCGCCAUUAAGCUGCUGACACCCGAACUUAGGCAUAUUGAACCAAAUUGAUCCUGAUAGUACACAGAGCGUAACAGCCAGGCAUCGGAAAUGUUUCCCAUUUGGUUAGUUUCCACUUGCUUGACUAACGCUCGACCCGUUCCCUUUCUCCUUAAAUAUUAUUACCCUUAGUUUUUCAU